AUUGGAAUGUUACUGAGUAACAAUCGGAACAACUGAGCAUUUGGUAAUUGGACACUGGGUUCAAGGAAUCCCUUCUUUGUAACAAUUUCGAUGUAUUAGCGGAGUCACAUUCUACCCGUAAGUAGUAUUUGAGGACGUUGCGUCAGUUUCUUCAGUUGUAUUAGGCCCUAUGUUCCUGUGAGAUUAUUUUAUUUUUGCGCGUUUGAGGGUCUGUCGGGAGAUUAAAACAUAACAGACAUGCAGGGAUUCGUGAGGCUACAGUUGCACGGAUGAAGUGUUCUGGUUCCACGACGCGUCCGUUCAUGGAACAUUGGAGUGAAAUAUCGCUGAGAAAGCGCAAGGAACCUGGCGAAUUCUACUCCGAGACAUCUGGAUCUAUACGCCGCCACACCGACGGCUUUAAACCCCAGCCAGCGUGUUAACGACUUUACGUACCGUGGGAUACCUUUUCUGUGUUGGUGGAGGCAGGGAAACUAAUGAACCCCUGCCGCUACUUUACAGGGAAAGAGUUUGGAAAAAGCUUUUUGACACCUCUGACCGGGUGCAGUUUUACAUUUCAAUACAGACUCCCUGGAUGAGGGACAGAGAGUAUCUGAUUGUUUUUACUUGGUCGACGGAGAUUUGGUUGCCCACAGACAUUAGAUUGUAAAAUGGUAAAACAGGUUAGAAGAGAGAGCGAGAGACAACACAUUUAAAAUCGCCCACAUGCGCUGGGUCAAUCGUUGGAUUGGGGAACGGAAUACGAAGAAGGGGGAAGACGCGAGUUUAAAAUCCUUGCUGGCUGGAAGAUGGCGGAGUGGUGUAGUUGGAGGUGGUGAGAGCCUAACUUUGGGCCACUUCAGAUUUAUUUGUAAACAACUUUCCCCUAUUCUUAGGACACAUGCAGGCCAAAAAACGAUAUUUCAUCCUGCUCUCUGCCGGUGCAUGUCUAGUUCUACUGUUCUACUUUGGAGGCGCACAACUUCCAGCGUCGGGCAGGAACCGGCAUGACCGUAGCCGGCAUGGGUAUCGUUCCGACCAGCCGUGGCCACAUUUCUCUGAUCCUUUACACCAAUUCCUGCCCUGGGAUCAACCGGACACUGAGGAAUACAACAUUCACAUAUCGCCGAGGCAGAAGAGGGACGUUAAUACAAGUGUUUACAAAGGCAAACGAUGUCGCAUGGAUUCGUGCUUUGAUUUCUCUAGAUGUAAAAAAAACGAUUUCAAAGUGUAUGUGUAUCCCCAGCAGAAGGGGGAGAAAAUCUCUGAAAGUUACCAGAAUAUUUUAUCAACUAUUGAGGGGUCAAGGUUCUAUACCUCUGACCCGGGACAAGCUUGCCUGUUCGUCCUGAGUUUGGAUACCCUGGAUCGGGACCAGCUCUCUCCGCAAUAUGUGCACAAUCUCAAAACCAAGGUCCAGAAUCUUCCUCUCUGGAACAACGGCAGAAACCACUUGAUAUUUAACUUGUACUCUGGGACAUGGCCAGACUACACGGAAGACUUAGGUUUCGACAUUGGCCAGGCCAUGUUGGCCAAGGCCAGCAUCAGUACUGAGAACUUCAGGCCCAACUUUGACGUGUCCAUCCCGCUGUUCUCCAAGGAACACCCUAGGACCGGAGGGGAGAGGGGCUUUUUAAAAUACAACUCCAUUCCACCUUUCAGGAAAUACAUGCUUGUGUUCAAGGGGAAACGAUAUCUUACAGGUAUAGGGUCAGAUACGAGGAAUGCCUUAUAUCAUGUCCAUAACCAGGAGGAUGUGGUGCUCCUCACCACAUGCAAACACGGCAAGGAUUGGCAGAAACAUAAGGACGCUCGCUGCGAUAAGGACAACGCAGAAUACGACAAAUACGACUACAGGGAGAUGCUGCACAACUCUACUUUCUGCCUGGUGCCUCGGGGCCGACGCCUGGGCUCCUUCCGCUUCCUGGAGGCACUGCAAGCGGCCUGUGUGCCUGUGAUGCUGAGUAACGGCUGGGAGCUGCCCUUUUCCGAGAUCAUCAACUGGAACACAGCGGCCGUCAUCGGGGACGAGAGGCUCCUGCUACAGAUCCCGUCUACGGUGCGCUCCAUCCACCAGGAUAAGAUUCUGGCCCUGAGGCAGCAGACCCAGUUCCUAUGGGAGGCCUACUUCUCCUCCUUGGAAAAGAUUGUGCUGACCACUCUGGAGAUCAUUCAAGACCGGGUGUUGCAGCAGGAGUCCAGGAGCAGUGUGAUGUGGAACAGUCACCCCGGGGGACUCUUCGCCCUGCCACAGUACUCUGCCUACCUGGGGGACUUUCCCUUCUACUACGCCACCCUAGGUAUAAAGCCGCACAGCAAGUUCACAGCAGUCAUCCAUGCAGUCACUCCCCUUGUUUCCCAGUCCCAGCCCAUCCUGAAGCUGCUGGCUUCUGUCGCCAAAUCACAGUACUGUGCCCAGAUCAUUGUGCUGUGGAACUGUGACAAGCCUCUCCCUGCUAAGCACCGCUGGCCUGCCACCACUGUUCCCGUCAUUGUCAUUGAGGGAGAAAACAAGGUGAUGAGCAGUCGCUUUCUGCCCUACGAGACCAUCAUCACCGACGCCGUGCUCAGCCUGGACGAGGACACGGUGCUCUCCACCACAGAGGUGGAUUUCGCCUUCACCGUCUGGCAGAGCUUCCCGGAGAGGUUGGUGGGUUACCCGGCCCGGAGCCACUUCUGGGACAGCAACAAGGAGCGCUGGGGCUACACGUCCAAGUGGACCAACGACUACUCCAUGGUGCUGACCGGAGCCGCCAUCUACCACAGAUAUUACCAUUUCCUGUACACCAAUUUCCUACCUGCCAGCCUCAAGGGCAUGGUGGACCAGCUGGCCAACUGCGAGGACAUCCUCAUGAACUUCCUGGUGUCAGCCGUCACCAAGCUGCCACCCAUCAAGGUCACCCAAAAGAAGCAGUACAAAGAGACCAUGAUGGGACAGUCAUCGCGGGCGUCGCGCUGGGCCGAUCCGGACCAUUUUGCCCAGCGGCAGACGUGUAUGAACAAAUUCGCCAGCUGGUUUGGCGGCAUGCCCCUUGUCCACUCCCAAAUGAGACUGGACCCAGUGCUGUUCAAGGACCAGGUCUCCAUCCUCCGCAAGAAAUACAGGGACAUCGAGAGGCUCUGACAGGACUUGCAGCCCCUGCUGGAGAGGCUGGGGGAGGCGUUGG